AUAGAUCAUAUGGUGUGUGACCAACAGUCGCAUUGCUCACCGAAUAAAAAGACAAUGGGAGGUCGAGUGGUGAUCACGAUGCUGAUGAUCGCAGCCGUUUUCUUGUGCAGUCACAAGGCGGAGGCGCAAGUGUGCGGGGCUGAUCUGAUGGGGCUGAUCUCAGAGUGCCAACGGUACGUCGGCAAAUCUGGACCGAAGAUUCCGCCGUCGCCGUCGUGCUGCGCUCUCAUCCGUCCGAUCGACGUACCUUGCGCAUGCCGUUACAUCUCCAGAGAUGUCAUGAGCUACGUCGAUAUGGACAAGGUCGUCUACGUGGCACGAUCCUGCGGCAAGAAGAUCGCCUCCGGAUACAAGUGCGGAAGCUACACGGUGCCUGCGCCAUGAGGAAGAGAAGAUUUCCAACCAGAUUCGGAAUUUACCGCAAAGGCCGGUUAAGAGUACUGUAUAUGAAUAACGAUAAUGUUGGAGAUUGUAUGUAAAAAACAAAAUACGCAUGUAUUAAAACUUAUCCUAUUAAAAUAAUAUAAGAUGUAAUAAAGUCUUUUGCCGCCCGCGAUAGGGAAUAUUACUCAAAUAA